GCGCAGAUAAAUUUGGCAAGUCCUCUGUGAUGUAAACCUUAAAGAUCCUGCUCUGUCUGUAUCUCGGCGGCUGCUUGUCGUUCCAGUUGCUCCAGGUUUCAGGUUGGGAAGCCUUGCUUUUUUCGAUCUCCAUUGCGUUGAUUUCAAGCGUUUUUCAAUCCCUUCCGCCAUUGUUGUUGGAGGUUUUAUCCGGAGUCUGGGUUAUGGCCGGCAGAUGUUUGCAUGCCAUUGAAAAUGAAAGGGAUCGGUUUCCACUCCCCUUCACUGGCUUGAACCUUUCUUGGUGCAUUGAGGACUGCUUUUACCCUAAUGGUGGAUUGUUUGCGAGUAUUGGUCACACCGGUUCAGGAUUUGGUAUUUCUUCAAGCCCGUCAAACUCUAGUAAUAAUAGUGUGGGAAUUCCAUUUUCUGAUCCCUUUCCCAAGUACGCAGCUCCUCCUCCUUUGAAUUGUAGGAUUCCUCUCGAGCAACAAGACACAGUAUUCGGUGCAGCUGACGGUGCUGUGGUAACUAAGGCAAAGAUCAAGGAGAAGGAUGUCCUCAAAAUCAGAGUUAAAGUGCGGGAUCCUUCUCUUAGGAGCUUUAUUAGUGGGGGAGUUGCAGGGGCUGUUUCCCGAACUAUGGUUGCCCCCUUGGAGACAAUCAGAACUCACUUGAUGGUAGGGAGUAAUGGCAACUCGACUAUUGAAGUUUUCCAAAGUAUUUUAAGGAAUGAAGGAUGGAAGGGUUUGUUUCGUGGAAAUUUUGUUAAUGUUAUUCGAGUUGCUCCAAGCAAGGCCAUAGAGUUAUUUGCUUAUGAUACAGUAAAGAAAAUACUAACACCAAAAUCCAAGGAGCAACCUAAACUUCAUGUACCUCCAUCUUUGGUUGCUGGAGCAUGUGCUGGAAUUAGUUCAACUCUAUGCACAUAUCCUCUAGAGCUGCUCAAGACUAGACUAACCAUAGAGAGAGAUGCCUACGACAACCUCCUGCAUGCGUUUUUCAAGAUAUUGCGUGAGGAAGGCCCUGCGGAACUGUACAGAGGUCUCACUCCGAGUCUAAUCGGUGUUGUGCCGUAUGCCGCGACGAACUACUUCACCUACGACAUGCUAAAGAAAGCUUACAGGAAAAUCAGCAAGAAAGAAGAUAUUGGCAAUAUUGCAACCCUUCUAAUUGGUUCAGCGGCCGGUGCAAUAUCGAGCAGUGCUACGUUUCCCCUCGAAGUUGCCAGAAAACAUAUGCAAGUUGGAGCGGUCGGCGGCAGACAGGUUUACAAGAACAUGCUUCAUGCGCUUUGUAGCAUACUUGAGAAUGAAGGCGUUGGGGGGCUGUAUAAAGGUUUGGGACCUAGCUGCUUAAAGUUGGUGCCUGCUGCUGGGAUUUCAUUCAUGUGCUUUGAAGCAUGUAAGAAGAUACUCAUAGAGGAAGAGGAAGAUGACUGAUUUGAUUCUUCAUUCAUUGCUGAGAUCUUUUUGAGUUCUCAGGCCAGUUUUGGGAGAUUUUUCUCAGAGUGUUGGUUGGAAUUGGUUAGCUGCUCUAACUCUUAACUGAUCCUUUUAUUUAUUUAUUUCUGAAUUAAUUUUUUUUAUUUAAUUAAUUUUGGUUUAAUUGAAACAUACAAUUGGAAAGCUGAAUGCUUUGAGAUAAAUGGAAUGCUUGA